AUGAGCAGCAGCGACGCCAUCAGUCCAACGGCAGCAGAAAGCAGCAACAGCAGCCAGAAGAACAAUACUAACAACAAGGAGUCAUCAGCAGACCCACCCCUAAAUGUUCUGUUUUUACAUUUGGAUUUGGGAAUUGGCGGUGCCGAACAAUUGGUCCUUCAAUUGGCCAUGGCGAGUCAAGCGUUGGGCCAUUCGGUGACGUUGUUGACGACUCGCUGCGAUGCGGAUCAUUGCUUUGCCGCCGUCAAACCACCGCAUGGAGCGCUUUACAGAAAUGUCCAAGUCUGGGGUCGUUGGAUUCCCGCCAAUCUGUUGGGGGUUGGAACCGCCUUGUGCAGUCACGUGCGAGUUCUCUAUUUGGCCAUGGCAUGGGCUUGGCAAAUACGACAACACACACCCGAUCAAUCGCAGCCCUAUUUGAUUGUCCUCGAUGUCCUGCCUACACCUCUGUGGAUUCUACGACAUUUCACCAAUUCGUCGCUGUUAUUCUAUUGUCACUUUCCCGACAAAUUGCUCAUUCGCAACAAUCCACUCGACCCCACCAAUACUACUACUGCUACUGUCAAGAAAUCCUUCUAUCGAACCAUCAUGGACGCCAUGGAAGAAUCCUGCAUGCCACUGGCCGACAGUCUCCUGGUCAAUUCCAAAUUCACACAACGCACCGUCCUACAAGAAUUUGCAUCUCUAAAACCAUCCGAUCUGCAAGUCUUGUAUCCCGCAUUGGACACGCAAGCCAUGGACGCCAAACCAACCGACAAUAAUGACAAUGACGACGACAAUGAUCCACCCCCUGUCGUCACUAUUGUCUCUCUGAAUCGUUACGAACGCAAAAAGAAAAUUGAAUUGAUCCUGUACGCGUACGCACUCCUUCGCGUUCAGUAUCCACCCAAUACGCUUCAAGUUAUUAUUGCCGGAGGAUACGAUACGCAAAAUGCCGAAAAUGUCGAAUAUCGAGGGGAAUUGGAGCGCAUUGCGUUUACCGAACUCAAAUUGGACAAACAAGAAGUCGACUUUCAAACAUCCAUUUCCGAUGCCCAACGGGCCCACUUGUUGAAAACCGCUCGCUGUGUCGUUUACACACCUCCCAAUGAACAUUUUGGAAUUGUCCCACUGGAAGUCAUGUAUGCCGGAACACCCGUGAUUGCCUGUGCGAGUGGAGGACCACUCGAGUCGAUUGUCGAUGGAGAAACGGGAUUUCUCUGCGAUCCUCCCACUCCGCAAACCUUUGCCAAUGCCAUUAACGUCUUGUUAGUGGCACCCGCCAAAGCCCAAGAAAUGGGACAAGCCGGACGAAAACACGCUCGCAUUCAUUUUGGAACAGAACGGUUGCAACGGGAAUGGGCAUCUCUGACGCAACAAGCUUUUAAAAGAGGGCAACAACGUGUUUGCCAAAAGGAACCCUUGCCAAUCAUGGUACGCCUGGUGAUUUAUUUUUUGGAAUGUAUCCUGGCCAUGGUGGUGUGUCUGUGGUUGACCCGAAUGCUGCGACACACGGGAUGGAUUGAUUCUCAAGAAUCCAUUCUGGGGUCCAUGAGACGAAAGAUGCAGUCGGAUGAGUUGUAG